CUCAUUCAGUUCUUUUAACCUCUAACCCAUUUCAUUUGUCUCUCCAUUUCCUUCUUUUCUCUUUAUCUCCCACCAGCCAUGAAAGUCAGAUCGCCUUCACAGAUUUUUAGAUUGAUAAGAGUGGCGUCUUGAGUUAUGAGCUGCAAUGGGAUGGCCUUCGUCCCACCCAAUUUCUUGUUACAAACUCAUCAUGAAGAGGAGCACCACCCUCCUACGCCUCUCAACCCUCUCCUUCCCUCCUGCACACCUCAAGACUUUCAUGGUGUUGGGUCGUUUCUAGGUAAGAGAUCCAUGACAUUUUCAGGUAUAGAUGUGUGUGAAGAAGCAAACGGGGAAGAGGACUUAUCUGAUGAUGGAUCACAGUUGGGAGAGAAGAAAAGGAGGCUUAACAUGGAACAGGUGAAGACACUAGAGAAGAACUUUGAAUUGGGUAACAAGCUUGAGCCUGAAAGGAAAAUGCAGCUCGCUAGGGCUCUUGGUCUACAACCAAGACAGAUCGCUAUAUGGUUUCAGAACAGGAGAGCUAGGUGGAAGACCAAGCAAUUGGAGAAAGACUAUGAUCUCCUCAAAAAACAAUUUGAAGCAGUUAAGACUGACAAUGAAGCCCUCCAAGCCCACAACAAGAAACUUCAAACCGAGAUAUUGGCUCUAAAAGGUAAAGAACCAACUGAAUCGAUCAACCUCAAUAAAGAAACUGAGGGUUCUUGCAGUAAUAGGAGUGAGAACAGUUCUGAUAUCAACUUAGAGAGCUCAAGAACACCAACUAGCAGAACCCUUUUCGUCCCAUCGUCUAUCAGGCCAACGGCUGUGGCCCAACUCCUUCAGAACUCAUCAACAAGGUCAGACCUCCAUUCCCAGAAGAUGGAUCAAAAUGUUCAAGAUGAGAGCUUCUCCAACAUGUUCUGCGCCAUUGAUGAACAUCCUGGAUUUUGGCCGUGGCCUGAGCAGCACCAUUUCCAUUGAAAAUUUGUUUGAAGAAAGAAUGUCUUUUUUUAGAUGUCAUUAUUAGGGAUUUGGGUAGAAUUCAUCUUUAAAAACUAAUCACUUCAAAUAUGUUUCAACAUCGAGCUAUUGACAUCCGAAGUAAAAUUAUUACUUCCCAAGACCUUAAUAGGAUCAUGGAGGCCAUCCAAAUUAAAUUGGGUUUAGUUCUAACACAUGGGCCGACAAAAAGCAAGGUGGGAUUUUUCUAUCAUACUCAAAAAUCACUGCUCAACAAUUAAUUUAAUUAAAUUUAAUAUUUGCAUUGGGGUUUGUUUGUUGUGUG